GGCGCGGGCUGGCGCCUGCUGGGAGCCGAGAGGCCGCGACCUGGAGCGAGCCCGGCCGGGUCGUGCGGGGGCCGAGGGGGUCCGAAGUUGAGCCGGGUGGGGCGGUGACUCCGGAGGGCGCAGGAGCCCAAGGAGACAGAGAGGACGAGCGCUGGAGAGGGAUUCGAAGAACGGCGGGGACGCUACGGGACGGGUGGGGUAGGAAAUAGGGGGCAUACCUGCAGAAGAGACUGGGGGUGGUGAGGACAUGAAGCUGGAGCUUGGAGGGCAGCCGGGGACCGAAAUGGGUGAGGCAGGAGACGCGGUGGGGGUUGUAUGAGGUCUGGCUAGUUGGAAAGAUCCGGAGGUGUUAAGUUGGGUGUUAGGGCUGGGUGGGGAGAGGGAGUCUUAGCGGGGCCCAGGGGUUCUCAGCUGGUGGAGGAGAGCUGGGAGGGGACCAGGUGAGAGCAGGCGGGGUUGGGGGCUCAGUAGGCAAUGGGCAGGUGGGGUGAAGUGUGAAGCUGACAGAAAGAAGUGAAGCAGGAUCAAGGUGUAGGAGAGAAAGAAGCUUGGAAUCUCAGAAGGGAGGCCAGCACAGGCUGAGGGUGGCCCCAGGGUGGGAGUGUGCCCAAGGAGGGGACGCCACAGUGAGGUCCUAGGCCAGGUCAGGGGUGCCCCCCAUGGGGAAAGCCCCCCUCUGGGGGUCACUAGAGCCAUGCUGUCCCGCAAGGGCAUCAUCCCUGAGGAGUAUGUGCUGACACGCCUGGCAGAAGACCCCGCGGAGCCCAGGUACCGUGCCCGAGAGCGGAGGGCCCGCUUUGUGUCCAAGAAAGGCAACUGCAACGUGGCCCACAAGAACAUUCGGGAGCAGGGCCGCUUCCUGCAGGACGUGUUCACCACGCUGGUGGACCUCAAGUGGCCGCACACGCUGCUUAUCUUCACCAUGUCCUUCCUGUGCAGCUGGCUACUCUUCGCUAUGGCCUGGUGGCUCAUCGCCUUCGCCCACGGCGACCUGGCCCCUAUUGAGGGCGCCGGGGAGCCCUGUGUCACCAGCAUCAACUCCUUUUCAUCUGCCUUCCUUUUCUCCAUCGAGGUCCAGGUGACCAUUGGUUUUGGUGGACGCAUGGUGACCGAGGAGUGCCCCCUGGCCAUCCUGGUGCUCAUUGUGCAGAACAUCGUGGGGCUCAUGAUCAACGCCAUCAUGCUGGGCUGCAUCUUCAUGAAGACCGCACAGGCCCACCGCAGGGCCGAGACCCUCAUCUUCAGCAAGCACGCCGUUAUCGCCCUGCGCCACGGCCGCCUCUGCUUCAUGCUGCGGGUGGGCGACCUCCGCAAGAGCAUGAUCAUCAGCGCCACCAUCCACAUGCAGGUGGUGCGCAAGACCACCAGCCCAGAGGGCGAAGUGGUGCCCCUCCACCAGGUGGACAUCCCCAUGGAGAACGGCAUGGGAGGCAACAGCAUCUUCCUGGUGGCGCCCCUCAUCAUCUACCACGUCAUCGAUGCCAACAGCCCGCUCUACGACCUGGCGCCCGGCGACCUGCACCACCACCAGGACCUCGAGAUCAUCGUCAUCCUGGAAGGCGUGGUGGAAACCACAGGCAUCACCACCCAGGCCCGCACCUCCUACCUGGCGGACGAGAUCCUGUGGGGCCAGCGCUUUGUCCCCAUUGUGGCUGAGGAGGAUGGACGCUAUUCCGUGGACUAUUCCAAGUUCGGCAACACCAUUAAAGUGCCCACGCCACUCUGCACAGCCCGCCAGCUGGAUGAGGACCGCAGCCUGCUGGACGCCCUGACCCUUGCCUCAGCCCGAGGGCCACUGCGCAAGCGCAGCGUGGCCGUGGCCAAGGCCAAGCCCAGGUUUAGCAUCGCUCCGGAUUCCCUGUCCUGAGCCGUGGUCCCUUGAACCUGCCACAUGCGUGUGUGCACACGGCAGAGUGGGAUGGUAUGUAGUGUGGACGGCCCCUCAGCCAGGCCUGGGCCUAUUGUGAGGCUGGGCCUCCUCAGCUCCGCUUCCCCCUGCUGCUCACCCGGGGUGUUACAAGGCACUUGUCACUACGCUAUUUCUGGCCUCAGCAGGAGCCUGUACUGGGUUAUUUUUGUCCCUGCUCCUCCCAGCCCCUGCUCAGGACUGGCUUGCCCCUCUCCCCUCACCCAAAGCUGGGGAGGCCGUGGGGGGUGCUGGGCUCUAAAGCUGGGUCCCCAGCCAGUCCUGGGUCCCCAUGAUCGACUGGCCACAAGCUGGGCAGGUGGCUGUAGAAGAACAGCCCCUAGGUUGGAGGCCUGAUGCCCUGUUUCUGUGACCAUAAGAAAUGCCUGUGGUCAGGCCCCAGCCCCGCCUGGUCCCUGAAAAAGCUCUGGGCUAAGGGCUGGGCCUGGGCAGCCAGGGAGGACAGUAGAUGAGAGAGGAGGGCUAGAGCUGCGAAGCCUACAUGGGUGGGCACAGGCCGAGGCUGACAGGGCCUCAUCUGUGGGGCAGGCUCAGGACAGGGAGGGAAGGCAGCAGGGGAGAGUGACAUGAAGAGGUUCAGCUUUGCAGAGCCUUGCUCAGGCAUGGGGAGGAGAUGCCCCUGCCCUUUGCCCCCAACACCAGCCUCCUGCAGCGAGGGCAGCCCCCUGGACUGGGGUUGUUGUGCCUGCCCCCUCCUGUUCUGUCCCCAGAGGCUGGGGAGAGGGGUCCCAUGCCCACCACAAUGAUGGCCCCAACUCUGGUCCUGGCUCCCCACUGGUGGCUGCUACUUACUUUGUCCAGAGGAUGGCCUUGGGGCUGAGUGUUUUGAGAUUGCUGGAAAAGGAGGUGAUGGAAAGUUCAGGAUGGUGAGAGUGAGUGAGGUCCUUGAGGCAAAAAAGCCCUUAGUCCUGACGGGCUUGACUCCAGCCUGGACUCUUGGAGCAGGGCUGCAUGUACUUGCCCAGAAUUCUGCCUUCUCCAUUGUCAAUAAAGCCUCCCUCUUCAUGACCUAAA